GGAGACGCGGUGAAUGAUACAUGACAGUUACCAUGUCUAGUGAAGGCGAUUCUGCUAAAAGUGUAAUAUCUGAGUCCAUUGAAAAAAGUGGGACAGAUCACAACACGGAUUCAUCCCAAGAUUCCCAGGAUGUGAAGGAUACCCUUGCCUCCAAAGCUCCUGAUGCUCCUUCAGAAAACAACACGGAUAAGCAAAACGAUGAUGUAAAACCAAAAGAGGAGUCCAAAACGGAAAAUGACACCUCUGAAAAGGCGCCGGUAGCUGCCGAAAAAUCAGUUACUGACAAAAAUGAGAGUUCUGAAGAUGCUGAAAGUGAGGAGGAGGUCAAAGACAAAGAGGAAAAAACCCCUAAAGAUAAAGAAAAGGAGAAGAAAGAAGAGGAGAAAGGCAAAAAAGAUAAAGAGAAGAAGUUGAAGGAGAAGGAGGAAGAAAAGAGUGAGGAUAACAGUGAGAAAGAGGAUGAGGAUGAUGAGGAUGAAGUAGAGGAAAAUGAAGGAAAGGAUAAUGCAAAAGAGACUAAUAAUAAAGAAGUACCCCUGUUGGAUCAACCUUUAGAGAAAUCCGGCAAGAGAGAACGCAAAACCAUUCAGCGCUUCAAUGAAGAAUUUGCAUCUGAACCAAAAGAAGGGGCCAAAUUAGAGAUUACAGAAGGAGCAGGGACUGCUCUUGGGGAAAUACCACGCAUAGAAGCCUCCAUUGUACGCUUCAAGACUGAUGACCUGAAAUCUCUACAUAAACUUCUGUUCAAGAUGCCAGGAAAAAAUAACAUCAUCAAGAAAAACAUAAGAAAAUUCAAUGGUUUUGAUUUCAAGAAGGAUACUGAAGAGUAUGAGAAAAAGUUGGCUUAUGCUCUUAAGUUUGAGAGCAAACAGUUGAAGAGCAUGUGUGAGAUGCUGGAUUUGGUCAAAACUGGCUCUAAAGAUGAAAUAGCUCAAAGAGUGGUGGAUUUCCUGCUGGAACCCAAAGAUUCUGGAAAACCAGUUGAUGGUGGAAGACCAAAGAGAAGUGCUGCUGUAAAAGCAAAUAAUAGAGGAUAUUCUUCACAUGAUGAUUAUUCUAGUGAUGAAAAGCAGGCGUCUAGGGCUCGGCGAGAUAAAGGCAAGCGGACCAACUUGAAGGACGACAGCUCCAGCGACGAGGAGUUCAAACCCAACCGAUCGGACAGCGAGGAGAAGCCGCGCAACAAGCGCAAACGCCGAUCGGCGAAGAAGAAGUCGUCGGACGAGGAGGAGGAGGAGGACGAGCCGAGCGAGGCGAGCAUCGUCGCUUCCUCGGACGAGUCUGACGACGAGCCGAGAUCGAAGCGCAGAAGAAGCACCCCCGCCAAGGCGACGAACAACAAGUCGAAAGCCAAGGGGGCGGUGGCCACCCCGGGAAGGAGGGGCAGGCCUGCGGCGGCGGCGACGACUCCCGCUAAGAAAAAGACGCCGGCGCGCGGCCGACGCGCCAAGAAGCAGGAGUCGUCCGAAGAAGAGGAGGAGGAGGAGAGCGACCGCAAGGAGGAGGAGGGAGAGGGUAGUUCGUCUGAGGACGAGCCUCUGAGCAAGAAGGCCAAGAGCAGUCAGCCGCCCACGGAUGAUGAGAUCAAGACUUUCAUAAAAAGCAUAUUGGAAGGUGCAAAUCUGGAGGAAAUCACAAUGAAGAAUGUAUGCCAACGAGUCUAUGACCAUUAUCCAGAAUUUGAUCUCACCCAGAAGAAAGAUUUUAUCAAAAGUACUGUGAAGUCUGUAAGUAUCAAGCUUAUGAAAUGAAAUCUGGAUGGAUACUUCAAGUUUUUUUUUUCUUGAUGAUUUUUCUUUGUAUUGUUCUAAUCUGAGGCAGGAAUUGUUGACGUGACGUGGUUUGAAUUGUGUCUUUUUUUUUUCAGCUGAUAUCAACGUGAACUAAUUAUGAAUACUGUAGUUUGUAAGAGAACUUAUUAGAACAAGAGUUUUUGGGAAAAGUGUUCCAGUACAAAAUUCAUAUGGUUUAAUUUCCCCGUUUUGUAUCUAAGCAUUUUAACAUUUAACUCGUUGUAAAAACUUAAAUACCUAUUUAUAAAUAAAAAGUAUAGACUUUGUAGCAAUUUUUGACUUGAAUUUUCCCGGUUUUGGUUUGAAGAAUUCUUAAAAUCUAGCACUUUAUCAUUAACUUCGCUCUACUGGGUGAGUCUUUGGUUCUGUUUUUUAUGAUACAUGUAAAAUAUAUGUGUGUGUGUAUAUUGUGUUAGAUUUUGAAGAUUUAUAUAUUAUAGUUUUAAGAGAAUUUCGGAGGCAUAUAAUUUUUUUGUACAUUUUAUAGUCUAUUUCGAAAACAAAGUUGAAUAAUAUAUCUAUUUUCCUAUGUCAGUACUUCAUCCAAAAUUGGAAAUUAUGUUUUUGAUGUUCUGUUUUCUGAGUUGAUAAAAAUCACGUUUAUUCACGUUCUACAAGCUUUAUGCUCAUCAGAUUGUCUAUGCUGCUGUAGAUUUAGAUUGUAAUAAUUUAAAUUGUAUUAGUUUCAAAAUACAAUUUUUAUUAUC